AUGGUGCCAGACCGAGAGAUUUGGGACGAGAAGGGUGGCCUCAUCAAGAAAGGUGCCGCCGAAAUUGCAGAGCGCGACCAGGAUCAUGUCCCUGAAGUCAAGGUUUUGACAACGCUCGGCAUGUUUGCGGUUCCUGUCACGGCAGAGACUACGAUCGGGGAAAUCCGGCAGAAGGUGCAAGAGUGGAAGCCGGAGUACUCCUUGGAGCAAAUCGAGCUGGUCUGCAAGGACAAGGAUGCCUGGGGCCCGUUGUUCAACAAGACCUCGCGCCCCAGGGAUGACGAUGAGACCGUGGAGUCCCUGUGGAGUGACUGGGACAUCCCUCGACGCAUGAUGCAGGUGGCCCUGUGGAUCAAGGAGAAAAACGAGGAGACUGGAGA